AUGGCAGUCCAGUCCAAGCUUCGUCACGACUCGAACUGGCUUGUACACUUCCUUUCACCACAACAGAGAGGCAAGCAAGCCAUCGCUCUUCUUGCCCUUCUCGCCCUCUUCUCCCUUCGCAGCCGACUCAACCAAUAUCUUCAUAACCAGAACCUGGGCAAGCUUGCGAGAAGAGCUUCGAGAUCUGACGAAAUCCACGUCGAUGAUGCUUUAAAGCAGGUCUACCUUCCUAAACCCGAUGGCUCUCGCCAACUUCUCGUGCCAGACCGCGGACGUGUAUCCAAAGUACCCAUAAAGCCGACCAAACUUCAUACUUUCCAGUCCCACUUCUCCCUCUUCCACAGGCUUCCACCGACAUCAGACGCGGGCGCUGCCAACGCCAAAAACAAGCAGCUCACCGAGGAGGAUGCCAAACGCUCGCAGAUCGAGGAUGCCAAGGCCAUGCGUGCAGAGGGUGGUGCCGCCGCUGCUACUGCCAAAAAGGUCGGUGUCAACAAGGAAUUCCUCCGUCAGCUCAAGGCUAUCUUCCGCAUCCUCAUUCCCCACAGAAACAGCAAAGAGGUCUUCAUUUUCUUUCUACACACCUCUUUCCUUGUCCUCAGAACCUACCUUUCUAUGCUCGUCGCCCGUCUCGAUGGUAUCAUUGUCCGUGACCUCGUCUCUGCCAAUGGCCGCGGCUUCUUGCGAGGCUUGGGUCUUUGGUUCCUGCUCAGCAUCCCUUCCACCUACACCAACUCCAUGAUUCGCUUCCUCCAGUCCAAACUCGCUAUCGGCUUCCGCACACGACUCACAAGAUACGUUCACGACCUCUAUCUUAAUGACAAGGCCAACUUCUACCGCAUCAUCAACUUGGACGGUCGUCUUGAUGCUGCCGAUCAGUACAUCACCACCGACAUUGCACGCUUCUGUGAAACGCUCGCUGCCCUCUAUUCCAACGUCUCCAAGCCGGUACUCGAUCUGAUCAUCUUCAACUACGCCCUCAGCCGAUCACUGGGCCCGAUGGGCAUUCUCGGCCUCACUUUCAACUAUCUCAUCACUGGCUGGAUCUUGCGCCAAGUUACGCCGGCGUUCGGCAAGCUCGCCGCCAUCGAAGCCAAGCUCGAGGGUGACUUCCGCUCGGCACACAGCCGACUCAUCACAAAUGCAGAGGAGAUUGCUUUUUACAACGGUGCAUCCAUCGAAGCUGGCAUUCUAAACCGCGCCUACAUCCGUCUUGUGCGACACAUCAACAGCAUUUUCAAGAUCCGUGUCGCCUUCAACAUGACCGAAGACUUUGUUCUCAAGUAUGCCUGGUCCGCCGCCGGAUAUGUCAUCAUUGCAGCCCCUUUCCUCUUGGGUCAGAAGAAACGACAAUGCGAGUCGGCAGAUGAAUCUGCAGCCCCCUUGAAAGGGGUACCCAAGAAGCCGUCGGUCGACAGCACAGUAGCUUCCAAGACCGAAUCCUACAUCUCCAACCGUCGUCUCCUUCUCUCACUCGCCGACGCUGGAAGUCGACUCAUGUACAGUUACAAAGAGCUCGCCGAGCUUGCUGGUUUCACCAGUCGUGUCUAUACGCUCAUCUCAACUUUGCAUCUGCUCAACAAAGAACGAUACCAGUCGAUGCCGCGUCCCCUCGAUCUGCCCGCAGACAAGCCUUUCUACGACCUCGGUCAUAUUCAAGGAAAGGUGGUUGCCGGAUCCGAUUCGCUCGUCUUUGACAAGGUUCCUAUUGUCGCUCCGGCACCAGGGCUCGAGCGUGGAGGCGAGGAGCUCGUCAAGGACCUCACACUUUGCGUCAAGCCAGGCGAGCACAUCCUCAUCACUGGUCCCAACGGUGUCGGCAAGACUGCUAUCGCUCGUGUUGUGGCCGGCUUGUGGCCCGUCUUCCAGGGUCGUUUGGAGCGACCCUCGAUGCAGGACAUCAUGUUCCUCCCCCAACGGCCUUACCUUUCGGUCGGAAGCCUUCGCGAGCAGGUCAUCUACCCUUACACCUAUCCGGAGCAUGUUGCCUCAGGCAGGACUGAUGAAGACCUGCUUUGCAUCCUUCAGGACGUCCACCUCGCCUACUUGCCAACGCGAGAGGGAGGCUGGGAGACUCGCAAGGAAUGGAAGGAUGUACUAUCGGGAGGUGAAAAGCAGCGCAUGGGCAUGGCUCGUUUGCUUUACCACCGACCUCGCUUUGGCAUCCUCGACGAGUGCACCAGCGCCGUUUCCACUGAUGUGGAAGGGCUGAUGUACGCUAAAGCCAAGGAGCUCGGCAUCACACUGAUUACCAUCUCGCACCGACCUUCGCUCUUCAAGUACCACAAAGUGCUGUUGCGUUUGACGGGAGAGAAGGGUGCAUGGGAGACCGACUUUAUCGGAGCCGAGACGGAAGAGCUGAGCAUGGAGCACGAGAUCGAGGAUCUCGAAAAGAAGAUGGCACAAGUCGAAGGCUGGAAGACUCGAAUUGGCGAGAUUCAGAAGGAGCUAUCCUUCAGCAAGAAUUAA